AUGAUGUUUACCAUGGAUUUUUUUGUGGAUUUCCAUCUAAGAGAAAUCUUUCAUUCUUUUGCGACAGCAUUCUGUGAAGAGGGCUGCAGAUAUGGUGGAACAUGUGUGACUCCUAACAAAUGUGUCUGUCCAUCUGGAUUCACAGGAAGUCACUGUGAGAAAGAUAUUGAUGAAUGUACAGAGGGAAUCAUUGAGUGCCACAACCAUUCCCGCUGCGUUAACCUGCCAGGGUGGUACCACUGUGAGUGCAGAAGCGGUUUCCAUGACGAUGGGACCUAUUCACUGUCCGGGGAGUCCUGUAUUGACAUCGAUGAAUGUGCCUUAAGAACUCACACUUGUUGGAAUGAUUCUGCCUGCAUCAACCUGGUAGGGGGCUUCGACUGCCUCUGUCCCUCUGGGCCCUCUUGCUCUGGCGACUGCCUCCAUGAAGGAGGACUGAAGCAUAAUGGGCAGGUGUGGACCUUGAAAGAAGACAGGUGUUCUGUCUGUUCCUGCAAGGACGGGAAGAUAUUCUGCCGACGGACAGCUUGUGAUUGCCAGAAUCCAAGUGUUGAUCUUUUCUGUUGCCCAGAGUGUGACACCAGGGUCACAAGUCAAUGUUUAGAUCAAAAUGGACACAAGCUCUAUCGAAGUGGAGACAAUUGGACCCAUAGCUGCCAGCAGUGUCGAUGUCUGGAAGGAGAAGUGGAUUGCUGGCCACUCACUUGCCCCAACUUGAGCUGUGAGUACACAGCUGUUUUAGAAGGGGAGUGUUGUCCUCGCUGUGUCACUGACCCCUGCCUGGCUGAUAACGUCGCCUAUGACAUCAGAAAAACUUGCCUGGACAGCUAUGGCAUUUCAAGGCUUAGCGGCUCUGUGUGGACAAUGGCUGGCUCUCCCUGCACAACCUGUAAAUGCAAGAAUGGGAGAGUCUGCUGUUCUGUGGAUCUGGAGUGUCUUCAAAAUAACUGAAGUGUUUAAAAAUGGACUCAUCGCAGGAGAAAAAUGGACACCAUGACCACCCAACGUGAUGAAGGAUAGGAAUUGGUGUUUUUCUUUUUUACCACAGACAGUUACCAAAGUCUCCAUCUGAGGAAGUUUUUUGGGAAUUGCCUUUGGGGCCUACCACUUUGCUCAUUCUUGCUAACCUAGUCUAGGUGACCUACAGUGCAGUGCAUUUAAGUCUAUGGUUGUUAACAGAAUUUUCCCGUGUUGUAAAUCACAUGUUUUCCUUAUCAGGUCAUUUGCAAAUACAUGUAAAUGAUCACCUGGCAAAUGUUGAUGUAUUUUUUGUUUUAUUUUGUGUACUAACAUAAUUGAGACGCGGCUCCUUUUAUUUAUUUUUUCUUGAUUUUUGGAUCAAAUUCUAAAAAUAAAGUUGCCUGUUGUGAUUUUGUCCCAUCUACUGCA